AUCACCUCUCUUACGACCAAAAACACACCAAGCUCACCAUGAAACUCAUAACCCUCAGCCCCCACCUUCUUCUCCUCCUCAUCGUAGUCAGCAUAACUAGCAGCACCCACGCCAUCCCCUCCGCCUCACUCACCACGCGCGACGUCUCUCCCUUCACCACCGGCCUCGCCGCCAUAACCGCCUCCGUCAAGGAUCUGGACGCCCGCAUCCUGAGUUACCCAGGCGGCGACAUUUCCAACAUCACCACGGGCGCCGCCGCCUUAAUCACCCUUCUCCUCGCCGAGACCAAAGCCAUCCAGUCUGACUUCCUGAAUGCCACGGAAGCAGCCACCCUCCUUCCAUCGCUCGAGAAUCUGGCGGGCCAGUUUGCGACAGUUGUGCAGGAUUACAUCGCCAUCCACGACGCGAUCGCCGUGGCGGAUGAGGGCUGGUACAUCUACUCACAGCUGCAGGAGGAGCACACGGCCGCGUUGACUUAUACCGGGAGUGUGGUGGCGCGGAUCCCUGCUGGGGAUGUCAAGGAUGCGGCUGCUGGGUGGGCGACUGAUCUCACGGAUAGCUUGGAGGCUGGGAGAGAUGCUUAUAAGGAUAUUGCGGUGAGGCCGACGGGGUAUGCGAGGGUCUGAGGAGAGGUGGCGGCUGAGGAGAGAAGGGAUCGUCUGAUAGGUGCUCUUGCUGAGUAUUCCACCUGCAUGACCGUUUGAUUCGAGGUGUCCGCUUAUGCCCAUUACAGACUUCAGAAGAUGAAUAGCUUGACGUGAUGCGGAGUAUGAGUUCACUGAUCUGUAUCUACAUCUUUCAGAUGGAGUA